GAUAAGGCAAAAAUGCCUAUACAUUGGUGAGCAAUCCUAAUAAAAGUAUAGGUUAUUAAACCCAAAUUUAGGAACUGAUAUAUAUAUAUAUAAUUAUAUCUGGUGUUUGGAGAUUAUUUCUGUUUUUCAGACGAACCCUUAGUUGGCAUACUUUUAGAGAAAAAAUAAAGAAUUAUUUUUAUCACAAGUCUGUCAUAUUAUUGUCAUUAGCAUUGUCCCAGCAUGGAUCCAAAUGACCAUUCUAAUCCGUUUGGUGACAUUGAGCCAGAUAAUAAUCCAUCGUUCUAUGGAAAUCCAUCUGUGAUCAACGACCCGUAUGGAAAGCUUAACAAUGAGCUUUCUAACAAUGACUCAAUAGCCAUUAGUGGCGAAUAUCACACUGACGAAGAUGAAAUUGUUGACGUUCAAAAUAUACCCCAGACCUCCAAUGAACGGCCAAUUAAACAUAAGCAUAGCCAUAGUAACAACGGUGGUGGACUUAAUAUCAACGAUUCGUUAGUCAUGUCCAACAAGAUCUCUCAAAUAAUUCAUAAUAAGAGCUCUCUUAAAAUAGAUGUUACCUCUACCGAGAGACUUAUGAACUCCACAGUGAUUGUUUAUUGUAUACACCUUUCACUUGAGGGGGAAUCUGGAGAUUCUGAUAUAGUGGUUAAGAGAAGAUAUAGUGAGUUUAAAUCCCUUCGGGAUAAUUUAAUGAGACUUUUCCCAACAUUGAUUAUCCCUCCAAUCCCUCAAAAGCAUUCCCUUUUCACAUAUUUAAUGUCAACCAUAAAUAAUUCUGAAGAGAUGUCAAUCAUUCAAACUAGACGAAGGUUAUUCAGCUCGUUUUUGAAUGAUUUGGUGUUCAAUUCAAAUGAAAGAAUUUCCAAUUGUCGACUUCUUCAUAAAUUUUUAGAUCCAAACUACGAAAUGUGUUGGGAUAAUGCCAUACAUGAACCACCAAUCUCGUUGGUUCCAGAUCAUCUUUUGUUAGCGAACCCGAUAGAUCCAACUAAUCAAAACGGUCUAUAUUCACUCUUGCCCAAUAUUAAUGGUGGAUAUGAUUCGUCUGGUGUACCAAGUGGAACAACUGAUAAUUUGGGACCUUUAAAGAAAUAUAAUGAAGAUUUACACAAAUUAAAAGAACAAAUCCAUGUUUUGGAAUUAAAACAAUCGAAACAAGGAGAUCUUUUGGAACUGGGUAAGACAAAUACUGAAUCUUUAUUAUUAACAACUUCAAAAUUUAGUGAAAUUCCAAUUGAUUUGAUGAAAUUUGAAACAAAUUUCUUUCAUAGUAUUAAGAUUUCUAAUGAUUUAGAUAAAUUAAAUACUAGAACUGGUAAGAAUUUGAAAUCUUUAAUUGGUACUCUUAUAGAAUUGGGAAGUAAUUUGAAUAAUUUUUCAUUACAAGUUCAUUCCCCAGAACAAAAUGGAACUGAAUUAACAUUAGCAUCUCAAAUUGAAAAGUUUGGUUCUACAAUUGAUUCAGUGUUUUUAAAUUAUGAAUCAUACAUUAUGAAUAGUUUUGUACCUAAAUGGCAAGAACCAAUUCAUCAGCUUAUUCAACAUUAUUUGACUGCAGUACAAUUAUUGAGAUUUUACAAAUUAAAGUUGAUUCAAUAUAAACUUUUGUAUAAGUCAAGAAUUAGAAAAUCUCAAGAACUUGAGUCAUUUACAAUUAAUUUGGAUUCACAACAACAAAUAAAUGAAGCGUUGAAAAAUGGACUAGAACUUAAUAGUCCAAGCAUCACCGAAGCUGUGCGAAAGUUUGAACUGAAACAACGUAAAUAUAAGAAUUCACUUUCUGGUAGUCAUAAAAAAAGUUGGUAUGGAUUAUUUGGUGGUAAAUCAACAUCAAGUGCAAACUAUGAAAGUUUUAAACGUUCGAAUGAAGCUUUGUCAUCACCAGGAAGAGGUGAAGGUGUUAAUAAUCCAUUGGAGGCAUCUGAAGAAAUCUCGAAUGCUCAUCAAUAUCAAUUUAAGAACAAAAUUGAACAGAUUGAACGAGAAAUCGUGAAACUUGACCAACUUAUAGACCUUACAAAUGUUGAUAUGGUUGAUUUAACGAAGGAAUUGGAAGUAAAUUUUGAAGAUUUUAUGAGAUUACUUGAAAAGAGAUGGUUAGUAGUAAUGAUUGAUUUUAUACGUGGAGGAAAGAAAUUAUUUGAAGAAAAUUUGGGAUCAUGGCAGAAUAUGAAGGAUAGCAUUAGUUAAUUAUCUAUAAUAUAUUUAUAAACAUCUAUAU